AUGUCGCACACAGGUGGCGCUGUGUGGCGUGAAAAACAAAAUGCGGUGACGAAAAAUGUUGCAUACCACAAAGGCGCUAGGAAAAAUUGCCAUCGUCGCGGAAAGACGCUUGUUGGCAAAGAGGCCCGCACUCACAUCAACGAGUGCGCGACGGCGUGCCGUUGCAUAGACAUUAAUGAAUGUGGCCAGGGGCAUCCACCCGUUUGUCCCUCGAAUGCUCUAUGUCUGAAUACCUUAGGAUCAUAUUAUUGCGAAUGCAAAUCUGGUUUCCAAAAGAGCAAAGGGAACGAACACAUUUGUUUGGAUGUUGAUGAGUGCCAGGAAAUACCGGGUCUAUGCCAACAGAAGUGUGUUAAUUAUUGGGGUGGUUACCGUUGUACUUGUAACCAAGGAUUCGAGUUAAGUGCCGACAAUCGCACAUGCAAUGAUGUAGACGAGUGCGAAGUACACAAGGCGUACAAACUCUGUAUGGGCUAUUGCAAUAAUGUUCCCGGAUCGUAUGAGUGUUCAUGUCCACGGGGAUAUGCGUUGGCUUUGGACAAAAAUACUUGUCGCGAUAUUGACGAGUGCGCAACUGGAGAAUUUUGUACGGGACGUAACGAUAUAUGCACGAAUAUACAUGGUAGUUACAAAUGUACCACUAUACAUUGUCAGUAUGGAUAUGUCAAUGAUCCGGAUCAGAAAAAUCGUUGUCGCUUGACCAACAAUCUCUGUGAGGGCGACGAAUGCUAUAGCAAACCAUCUGCUUACACUUACAAUUUCAUUACACUUGUCUCAAAACUUAUGAUACCGCCAGAAGGCAGAAUUGUGUUUACGCUUCGUGGACCUAUAUGGUAUGAUGAUAUCGACUUUGAUUUGAAAAUUAUAAACAUUCAAGCGUCGGCUAAUAUCGAAAAAGCGUCUGAUAAUCAUUUUGACACCCUUAAGAGUAAACAUGAGGUUCACUUGCAACUGACACGAUCUUUGGAAGGCCCGCAGGAUAUUGAAUUAGAACUCGGUAUGACGGUUUUCACAAAUGGUAUGCCGAGGGGAAAGAGCGUUGCCAAAAUAUUUAUUUUAGUGUCACAGUACACCUUUUAAAAUUAGAUCACAAAACAAUAUUCAUAUAAAAUACACAUACUUGUAUAUUACGUAAGAAA